AAAAAUGAAUUAAGAAGAUGAAUAGGUGAAAUACUAAUCGUAGUAUAUUAAGGGAGAUUCUAAAGUAUUAUAAAUAUAAUUUUUUUAGAAAAAAGAUUAAAAUUAAAUUGAGGAUAGGUUAAUAAAGGAAAAUUGUCAAUAAAACAAUUUUGAAUAAAUUCCUAAAGAAUAUAUAAAAAAAGGAAAGGCAAAUGAAAAAUAAACGAAUAUAACAAAAGAAAAAUCAGAAGGUCAUGAAUAGAAACAAUUAAAAUUUUAAAAAUAAUCAGAUGUUCAUGAAAAAAUAUAAAAAUAAAAUCAAAAUUAACAAUAAGGUCAAUUUAAAUAAAGAAAAUAAGAAUAAAGUAUAUAAGGGGGAAGAAAUGAAUCAAAUAAAUAUGAAAGCAAUUUUUAAUAAAGAGAAAAUAAUAAAGAAUAAUAUUAAAAAUAUUAAGGAAAAUAAAACAAAUAAUAAAAUUAUGAAAAGAAAUAUAAUAAUACUAAAAGAUUUAAUUAUCCAGUUCAAUAUCAUUCUCACAAUAAUAAUAAACCUUUAACCUACCCUUAAGUUGAAGAAGAAGAAAAUAAUAAUAAUAAUAAUUAAAAUUUGAGGUAUGAUAAAAAUGAAUAAGAAAAGAGUAACAAUAAUAAUAACUCAUAAAAUAGAAAUUCUAAAUAGUAAAAUAAUCAUAAUAAUCAAUAAAUUAGAUAUAAUCAAAAUGAUUAAAUAAAUGAUAAUAAUUAUUAAAAAGAAAAUCCUCACUAAAAGCAAGUGAGAAGAGAUAGAAAUCCAGAAAGAAAUUAUAGAUCAAUAUAACAAGAAUAAAAUAAAAUAUAUUACAAAAAGAGAUUUAAUAAUUAUGAUUUUGAUCGAUAGGAUAAUGAUAAUUCAUUUGAUGAUGACUAUUAUUAUAAAAAAGAAUAUAGAUAUUAAAGUAAAAAAUACUAAAGAAGAGAUAGUUAUGAUUAUUUACUUAAUAAAUAUGAUUAAAAAGAAGAAGAUGAUAGAAGGAAUGGAAAGUAGUAUAAUAAUAAGAAAGGGAAGAAAAAUAAUAGGAAAAAUUAAUAUUUUGAAUAAUAUUGGACAGAGGAAUAGAUAGAGAAAGGAAAAGCUGAUAAUGAGAUCUUUGAAGGUAUUUUUAUAGGUAAUGAAUUCACACUAGAGAGGAGUACAAUAAAAUGUCCAAUUCUUAAGAAGAAAGUUUAUAUAAAUUGUAUUAUAAUGAUUUAAAAUAAUAGCCUUUGUUGAAUCAAAUAGAGCAUUACAUGGAGCACUUGUUGCAUUUAAAAUAAUAAAGAUCUAAAAGCGGGAUUAAGAAUCAGAGGAGGAAUAAGAAGAAGAGAUCAUAGAAUAAAUAGAAAAAAAGGAUAGUAAGAUUUAAAAAGAGAAUGCAAAUGAUAAGUAGGAGAAGAUUGAAGAUGAGGAAAAUAAUGAUGAUUGGGAAGAUGUAAAUAGUGAAGAAGAUGAUGAUAAUAUUUCAGAAAUAUCAGACAUAUUUGUAGUAAAAAAGAAGGUACCAUUAACGAAGAUUUAAUAAUUACAAAAAGCUCAAUUAAUUGGAAAGGUAGUAGGAAUAAGAAAAAAUCCAUUUGAAAAUAGAUAAAUGAUUGGGAAGAUAAAUUUUAAAGAGAAGAAUGGAUAAUAAAUAAAAUAGAUAGAAACAAAGGAAGAGUUAAUAAAUUACAUUGAAUCAAAUUAUUAUAUUUCAUUUAAGUGUGUAAAUAAAAGAAUUCCAUAUUUUAAUGUAAAGAAACUAUUAAGUUUUAAUUAUGAAUUAGAUAAUGAAGAACCUGUAUAAAAAUUUAUGGAUUAUGUAUCUUAAAGAUAUUUUUCAGCAAAAUAUUUAUAAUGGGGUAGAAACAGUAGAUAUCCAGUAGUUGAAUUGAUAAAAGAAGUAGGAGUGUAAGGAAAUAUUGAUGUAGAAUGUGAAGCAAUAUUAACAGAGAAUUCGGUAUAUGAUAAUGAAUUUUCAGAUUUAUGUAAAGAAGAAAUGAAAGCAUAUACUCAUGAUUCUAUAGCAAAAGAGAGUGUAAAAAGAAUGGAUUUAAGAUAAGAAUAUAUUUGUAGUAUUGAUCCUGUAACUGCUAGAGAUUUAGAUGAUGCAUUAAGUAUUAAGGAUUUAGGAAAUGGAAUUUAUGAAAUAGGAGUACAUAUAGCAGAUGUUUCUCAUUUUGUUACUCCUAAUAGUGAAGUAGAUAAAGAAGCAAUAUUAAGAACUACUUCUGUUUAUUUAGUUCAUAAAGUAAUUCCUAUGUUACCAAGAAUUCUUUGUGAAGAAUUAUGUUCAUUAAAUAGAGAUGUAGAAAGAUUAGCAUUUUCUGUAUUCUUUUAAAUGACAACUGAAGGAGAAGUAUUAUGGGAUACUUUUAAAGCUGCUAAAUCUGUGAUUAAAAGUUGUGCUUAAUUAAGUUAUGAUAUUGUUAAUUAAUUAAUUGAUGGUGAAAUUCAACAAUUUAGUGAAGGAGAACAAAGAUAUCAUAUAGCUAAUGGAUUUGAUGAAAAUAUAUUGAAAAAUAAGAUUUUAUUAUUAAAUACAAUUGCUCAAAAAAGAAGAAAUAAAAGAUUAGAAGGAUCAUUAACUUUUGAAAAAAGUAAAUUAAGAUUUAAUCUUAAUUCUGAUUUAUUUCCAACUGGUUAUUCUGAAGAAAAAAGAGGACUUGCAUAAUUUAUGGUUGAAGAAUGGAUGCUAUUAGCUAAUCAAUUUGUUGGCAAAAAAUUAGUUGAAUAUGAUGUCAAAACAGCUAUUCUUAGACAACAUAUAUCGCCUAAAUCUGAAAAACUUGAUUUUUAUAGAAAAUUGUUAGAAGCUGCAGGAUUAAAUGAAAUGGCUCAAAAUUUAGAUGUCUCAACAUCUAGAAAUUUAAAAUUAACUAUGGCCAAAGUUGAUUAAAUCCAAUCUUAAGAAAUUAAAUUAAUCUUAGGAUUCAGAUUAUUAAAAUUAAUGGAAGCUGCUCAAUAUUUUGUUGUUGAUGAUACUCCAUUAUCAGAAUGGAGACAUUAUGCUUUAGAUUUUGAUAUUUACACACAUUUUACAUCUCCAAUCAGAAGAUAUCCUGAUAUUCUAGUACAUAGAAGAUUACAAAUUGCACUUGAAUAAUAAGAAAUUGAUCAAACAGGAGAAACAAGAGAUAAAUUAAAAGCUAUUAUGUAACAUUGUAAUGAUUGUAAAUUAAAUGCCAGAAGAGUUAGUGAUUAAUGCGAUUAAGUAUUUCUAUAAUCUAUUUUCUUAGUUAUUUUUAGCUUUAUUAUUAAAAGCCAAUCCAAUUGAAAUAAAUGGAUAUAUUCUCUCAAUUAAUAAACAACAUAUUGAUAUUAUCAUUCCAAAAUACAAUUUAGAAAGAGUAUAAUUACAUAUAUAUUUAAAAGAAAGUUGAAUUGAAGAAUUUAAAAAAUACAUAUAAAUAUACAGUUGAAGAGGUUUCAGAGAAUACAAAUGAGUUGAUUAUUUCUUACAAUGAUCCUGAUGAUGAGAGAGGAGUAAGACUGUAUUUUGUGAAAGUAAAUAAUUUAGAUUAAUAAAUAGUAAUUUUAAGAAAUAAAAAUAAAAUUAUCAGGAACUGAUACAUUCCCAAUAGAGUAUUAAAUACAAAUAAUAAUUAAUAAUAAAGUUUAAAUUUGAAUUGUAUUUAUAUAAGUCACACCAG